CGUGGCCGGCGCGCAGGCGCCGCAGGGCCGAAGCCGGCGGGGUGUGCGCGGGGCGGACGCAGAAGCGAGAGGUGCCCGGGGCCGCUGCGAUGCUGCUCCGCCGCUGCCCGUCCUCCGGCCGAGCACGUCAGUGCUUUCAUGCUCUAAAGUUGAUAAAGAAAGAUUGCCUUCUAUCGCUGCGUGUCUCACGAUGUGCCUCUACUGCCUCUGUGCCUCGCAUAACUACACAUUACACAAUUCAUCCUCGGGACAAAGACAAACGAUGGGAAGGGGUAAACAUGGAAAGAUUUGCAGAAGAAGCUGAUGUUGUCGUUGUUGGAGCAGGCCCUGCAGGCCUUUCUGCAGCCAUUCGACUCAAACAGCUGGCUGCUGAGCACAGCAAAGAACUGCGAGUUUGUCUGGUGGAAAAGGCCUCUCAGAUUGGUGCACAUACAUUGUCCGGUGCUUGUAUCGAGCCAAGGUCCUUAGAAGAACUCUUUCCAGACUGGAAAGAGCGAGGGGCUCCACUUAAUACUCCUGUGACUGAAGACAAGUUUGGAAUUUUAACAGAGACAUCUAGAAUUCCAGUGCCAAUUCUUCCAGGACUUCCGAUGGUUAAUCAUGGAAAUUACAUAGUACGUCUGGGCCACCUUGUGAGUUGGCUAGGUGAACAAGCAGAAGCUUUGGGUGUUGAGAUAUAUCCAGGCUAUGCAGCAGCUGAGGUACUUUUUCAUGAAGAUGGUAGCGUGAAAGGAAUAGCAACCAAUGAUGUAGGCAUUCAGAAGGAUGGAGCACCUAAAGCUACAUUUGAAAGAGGCUUGGAACUCCAUGCUAAAGUCACAGUCUUUGCUGAAGGUUGUCAUGGACAUCUAGCCAAACAGCUGUACAAAAAAUACAAUUUAAGGGAAAAUUGUCAACCCCAGAGCUAUGGCAUUGGAUUGAAAGAGUUAUGGACUAUUGAUAAAAGUAAAUGGAAACCAGGAAGAGUGGAACAUACUGUCGGCUGGCCAUUAGACAGACAUACAUAUGGAGGAUCCUUUCUUUAUCACUUAAAUGAGCGUGAGCCUUUAGUUGCUCUUGGAUUUGUGGUUGGUUUAGAUUAUCAAAAUCCCUAUUUGAAUCCAUUUAGGGAAUUUCAGAGGUGGAAGCACCAUCCUAGUGUACAGCCUACUUUGGAGGGUGGAACACGAAUUGCCUACGGUGCCAGAGCAUUAAAUGAAGGUGGUAUCCAGUCAAUACCCAAACUCACCUUCCCAGGUGGAUUAUUAAUUGGUUGCAGUCCUGGACUCUUGAAUGUUCCCAAGAUCAAAGGAACACAUACUGCAAUGAAAAGUGGCAUGUUGGCUUCAGAAGCCAUUUUUAGUCGAUUAAUCAAUGAAAAUCUCCAAUCAAAGACAAUAGGACUUGAUGUGCAAGAAUACGAAGAGAACCUGAAAAACUCUUGGGUCUGGAAAGAGCUGUAUGCAGUGAGAAACAUCCGACCAUCCUGCCACAGCAUACUUGGUGUGUAUGGAGGAAUGAUAUAUACAGGCAUAUUUUAUUGGCUACUGAGAGGAAUGGAACCGUGGACAUUAAAACAUCCAGGACCAGAUUUUGCUCAGCUCAAGCCAGCCAAAGACUGCACUCCUAUUGAAUACCCAAAGCCCGAUGGAAAAAUCAGUUUUGAUCUCCUGUCCUCUGUGGCUUUAAGUGGUACAAACCAUGAACAUGACCAGCCCCCUCAUUUAACUCUCAAAGAUGACAGCAUCCCUGUGAGCAGGAAUCUGGCUGUAUUCGACGGACCAGAGCAAAGAUUCUGUCCAGCAGGGGUCUAUGAGUAUGUUCCUCUGGAAACGGGAGAAGGAUCAAGGCUGCAGAUAAAUGCUCAGAACUGUGUCCACUGCAAAACAUGUGAUAUUAAAGACCCAAGUCAGAACAUUAAUUGGGUGGUACCUGAAGGUGGAGGAGGACCAGCUUAUAAUGGAAUGUAAACUAACAGGAGAUCUAUUCAGUGACUUUUGAUCACCAACAAAUAUGUUGGAGUAUUUUAUGCUGCAGUGUAAUUAAUGUACAGCACUGACUUAAAUGUUAAAAGGGUUUGAGACUAAUGUGCCAUUCUGAAUUCUACAUUUGACUUUUGCAUUAAAUGGAAAGUUGGUGCCUUCUGGUUAAACCCUAGCCUUAUUUAAAUAGCACUUCUUUACAGGAGCUAUAUGGCAGGCAAAAGUUCUUAUCAGGACUGACAAAGGAGGUUUGCAUCUAGGAAUUUCCUGCUAAAGUUCACUGAUAACAGGAGCCAUAUCCAGACUUGUGGAUAUGGUGGAAUAAUUUCAUACCCACCUUUCAAAAAAGUAUUUUCUCUCUCUAGAUGGAGUGAUUUACAUGUAAUCAUACCUGGCAAUCAGGAAAAUAAAUCAGUCUAGAAAGCUCACCUCUUUAAAGUGUUACAUUUUACAUCAAAUUUUCAGGUUUUUUUUUUUUCCUGAUAAUGAUAAUAGGGAAUACCUAUUGUAAAGUGGUUCUAAAAAAUAAUAUUUGCAUCUUCAUUCUAUGUCUAUUAGCAUUUUUGUUUCUUACAAGAAACCAGACCUGCUCUAAUAGGAACAGUGAAAAUGCCUACAUUCGCUUUGUGUGAAACCAAGCUGCUUAGGAAGCACUAUUAAAUUGUGAAAACAACCACCAAUUGCUUUACACGUUAGAAAAAUACCCGAGUUGCAAAACACAGGUUAGUACAGCUUAAAAAAAGCAAAACUACAUCACCUUUGAACAGUUUAUCUUUAUUAUUAGAUUUUGUGUUGUAAACACUGAAAACUGCAGCAGAGAGCAAAUGAAAGAAGCAGCUCCAUUUAUCCUUUUGCGUAAAUUAGUGCAUAGAUUUAAAUGUUUAGGGAAAAAAAUCAAGCAAACAUUUUAGCAUAAGCUGCUUUCUCUUUCUCCUUUUGGGCUUUUAUCUUCUGCUUGAUUUUGAGUGUUUCCGUCUGGAUAGCUGCUCAAAAAGAAAAUGACAGAGUUACAGUAACCUCUUUACAUUAGGUCUCCUCACAGGUUAACACCAGCUCACUGCUGGAACUUACCUAUGUUAUUUCAUAAAACUGCAUUUAAUCUUUGAUCAGGUCAGAUACUAGCAGCAAAAACCUUGUCCCUUGCUUUGUCUCAACUGGUACGGUAAUGUCAUAGAGGAGCAUGCAGCAAGCAUGGCGUUGGUGCCAACACAGAACUUUAGGAGAUAAAAAUCUCACCCAAUUAGAGCAGGAAAUUAAGCUAGUAAGAGCCCUGUGAGAUACAGAUAUAGUUCAAGAGGAAUGCUGCUGACCUACAUAAGCAGGUUUUCCAGUGCAACAGAAGCAUCACUGCUGUAUAAAAUCAGGUUUUCCACCUCAGUGGGUUCUGUGCUCAGAACAUCAGUGUUUCAGAAGCUAGCAUUUUAGGCAUCACACUGGUAUGAAUUCCAACUGAAUACUACCCUGGAGACCUUGUUAAAUUCUUAAGGGAAUUUUAAAAGAAACAGCUUAUUUUACCUUUGUCUUCAGGGGCUAUUUCAUGAGCCUUUUUAAGAUCAGCCUUAAAUAAAAGAAAAAUAGAAAUUAAUGAUCUGACAGAUUUUUAAAUUUAAAAAGAAAGAAGAAGUGAUCAUUACCAGUGCUUGAUCAAGAUCUUUUAUUCCCUGCCAUCCUUGAGCCCGUCUGUAGAGAGCUUUAGUAUUUGCUGGAUCUAUUUUAAGAGCCUGUAAAUUUAAUAAAAUUGUCACAUUAACAUUUCUUAUACUUCACAGCCUCCCAUCUCCACAAAUGGCACAAUUCACACCAGCAGACAAUCUUCACAGUUGGUUUGAGGGUAAGCUGUCAAAACAAUAACUGUGUAAAAAGGAAUGCUAUAAUGAAUAGCAAGUAAUCAGCUUCAGUACUGCUGCAGCAAAAGUAGUCUUUUGUGAAGGAUGAGUGCACAUGAGGCCCAAAUGGAACAGCUGUUGUGUGUGUUUAUAGAGAUAACUGUCAAGGCUGAGGAGUUGCUGCAGUUCAAAUUAUCCUAACCUUGAGUCUCACAGGGCAACUCUCUAUUGCAGCUCCUUCCUUCGCACCAAAACCUCUUCAAAUGGCAUCAUAAAAAAACCACAGAGAUUUCCUGUAAAGAUUUUUUCACUGUGGGCUAGAAAAAUACAUGCAAGCAAUGUAUCUCAUCAUGCUUCAGGAACUUUGCCAAGUUCCAGUCAUUAUGCCUUUUUUGAGCUGAAUGUUUUCAAUAAUGUGUACAUGCCAGCUCUAAUAUGACAAUAUCAAAAUAGGAACUAUAGUGGUUGGGAAAAGAGAUUGUUCCACUAUUUGAUUACUUUGAUUAUUUUUUCAGAAUAUGUCAGAUAAUUUAGUCAUCUAGCUGUUACAUUGCCUCUAAAGAUCCGCAUUUUUAUUGCAGUUAGUUCCAUAGUGGUGUGUGUUAUUCUUUUAAAGAAUGCUGUUUCUCAUUGUUUAAAGAAAAUAUCUUCACAGCAAUGUGUUGCUUUAUUAAUUUAAUUUAUUAACUUUAAAUCAUUAACAGAUAACACAUUGAUUUUUUUUCAAAUCACUUGGGUAUUGGCUGUUAAUACAAAGGAAGUAUUACUGUGGGUGCUCCUAUUGAUCCACCUGUUAUAAAGCCUUCAGCCUCUUCUGUGCUAAGAAUUAGUUGUCUGGAUUGUAUACACAGAGGUAGCAUUCUCUGGUUUUACCUUGACCAUUGUUCUUACAGCUAUUUCAAUGCAAGGUUUCUUUGAACAGGUUCAGCUGUUCAUAAUUCAUUAUUUACACCAAACAAUGCAUGUAUUCCAGAUUGUUAAUUUAAAUUGCUUUUGGCCUUGUGAAAUCAUAAAAUUGAAAGUGUAACAAUUACCUAGAACUUUAUUAGCUAAUUUUAGGAAACUGGUGUUGUGAAUAAAGCACUGACACUGUUAUGAGAC